AAGAAUGCUCGUCUUUACCUCUAAAGCCCUCUUCAGCUUCGAGGGCUCUGUCCUCUUUCAGCUGCGUCCCCGGAACGCUAGAGCCAUGGAGGCGGCGCGCUUCUCCACUGCCUCUCUUUCCCCUAUCGCCACAGGAGCUCACAGGGUGAGCGCUACUGAAGCCUCCGUUAGCCUCGAGGAAUGGCAGGGUUGGGGAAGCACAUCCCCUGUACCCGCCAUGGUUUUAGAGGUCAUUGAAGACUUGAAGUUACUGGAGAAAAACAUUGAUGCCCACAUGGAUUUUGGAGGCAAUCAUGGAAAACUUGUGGGAGACUUCAAGGUGUAUGAAGAUAAGAAACAUAGAGAAAAGUUCAAGUCCUUAGGAGAUUCUGAAAAGAAGCUUCAGUUCUUUUCAGCUCGACAAAUUGCGUGCCGCGUACUUGGAAGUAGAGAUUACCUUUGUCAGAAGUGCUGGCUUCCCAAGGAAGACUGCAUGUGUUCAAGAGUCAUGCCCUAUCAUCCUUGGCACCAUAUAAGGUUUUGGUUGUAUAUGCAUCCCAAGGAUUUCUUGCGCCAAAAUAACACUGGAAAACUAUUAUGGCAAGUAUUUGGUGUUCAGGCUGCUACUUUGUGCUUAUUUGGAAUUUCGGAACACGAAGAAAUGUUGUGGAAUGCAUUAAAACUUGCAGGGAAGGAUAAGGUUUGGUGUCUUUAUCCUAAUAAGAACGCUACACCAAAUUCUGUUAAGGAUAUCUUUUACCAAAAUUCUUUGGAAGAUCGAGAUUGCCAACCAAAAAUGGCAAAUUACGAUGAUGUGUUGAACUUUAUUCUGCUUGAUGGCACUUGGAGCAAUUCUAAUGCAAUGUUCAACCGUUUGAAGGAACGAGCCAUGUCAAUUUGGGGCGAGGAGCUUCCCUGUAUAUCACUAAACACAGGCGUAUCCAUGAUGCAUAGACUGAGACCCCAACCAUCCUGGGAUCGUACGUGCACAGCAGCUGCAGCAAUUGGGCUCCUGUAUGAACUCCACCUUAUCCCCGCGUUCAAUUCAUACGGGCUAGAUAAGCAGGCUGAUGCGAUCGAAGAUGCUUUGGAGGUCCUCUUAGAAGCUCUAACCACAAGGCGCCUUCGGAUGGGAAGAUCCAUCACUCGUAAAGAAAGACACAAUAGCAACAUCAUGACCCAACUUUAGAUCAUCAACCAUUUUCAAUGAUUCUUGCUGACAUCUAACCAGCAUGCCGUAAUUUUCAUGCCAUAUAAUAUAUAUAUAUAUAGAGCCUAAAACCCAACUACUACAUACACUUCAUACAUCUUUGAGGACAGCUUUCAGGAUUGUACCUGUGCAUCUCUUUUUAAGGAUGCUCAUCUUUAUCCUUAAUAAAUAUAUUUCAGUGAACAAGGUGGUAAACAUGUCGGUGAUUAUUAUGAGAAUCAAAGAUUUUAUGAACUCCA